AUGAGCAAGCCACGCAACCACAGCGAGUGGGAUGCUAUUGCCAAGACAUUUGAUGUAGAUGGGGAUGAGGAGCCCACCAAGUGGCCUGUGUGCGAAGAAAUUCCUUGGCACCAAGUGGGGCCUUUAGUUGAAAGGGUUCUGGAUGAGCACUUUGGUCCAGAGCCCGUACAGAAGGAGGUGAAACCAUGUGUGAAGGAGUCACAUAUGCCUCAAGGUGUUCAGAGCCCAGAUUUUGCAGAGGUUGUUGCCCUCAAAGACAAGGGCGAUGAGGCGACAGAUUUGCUGCAGCUCUUCGCAGCAGCCCUCCCGGACUCAAGCAAGGAGCAAAGCGGAGACGUUCAACAACUUCUGAAAAGUUUGCGAGAGUUCCUCCGAAAUAUUGAAGAUGGAGACGAAGCUGCUUGCGUUCUCGCAGGCGCUCGCCACGCAUUGCUAGCAUGCCGUGGCGCUGGUAGGCCUUCAGUGAGCUCAUACGCAUGCAAAACGUCCUUUUCCAUGGUGAAGAAGAUCUUGGCCCUACGGUGCUCAGACUACGCAUCGGUUUCGACGCCAUAUCACGACAACGGCCUUUUUGCAAACGUAUUGCAGGUCUGCGACGCGCUGUUGCUGACCAAACCAGGUGUGCCUGUGCUGGUUGAUUGGAGAAGAAAAGGAUCUGAAGGCCACUUCCAGUACGGACCUGAGGGAUUUGACUUGUGGAGCCAUCUCUUCGAACCGAACAAGCGGUGUCGUUCUGCCGAAACAUUGCAGUGCGAAGAUGGCCUUACUAUGCCUGGCCGGAUCAAUUGUCUUUUCAUGAACAUGCUGCGGGGCUACUUAUGGUCCAUGCCUGAACAUGAUCUCCAACACUUGCGCUUAAGCUAUGCAGCAGCCAUCAGUGAGCUUGAGCCAACAAUGCACAUCAAAAAGCAGCUGAUGGGUAUUUGCAGAGAGUGGACAGAGGAUACCUACGUCCUAGGCGUGCACAGACGUCUUGCUUGCUCUGAGAUGGUUGCUUGCCAGUUGUCGCAGCGCGCGCCUAGCAAUGUGGAGUACAUCUCCAGAGCAAGAAAGCUCUGUGCUGCCAGUGGCAAGAAGCAGAAGAUUAUUUUCCUGGCGACGGAUGAUAGUCAGGCAGUGAUCGACUUCGAAAUGGCCUUCGCGAACAGCAGUGUGAAACUUUGCUGCCGGGAUGGUGUGAAGCGCUCUGUCGGAGGUGUCCGUGAAGAUGGCGUGGACAAUGAGGUGCACCGAAACCCCUGUGCAGAAGCAGAUGCAGAGGAUGCUCUAGUUGAUGCGCUUUGCUUGGCAAAAUGUGAAGAGCUGAUUUGCGUUGACUCCAAUCUCUCAAUCUUCGCAGCGCUGAAGAAUCCCAGAUUGCGUUUGCAUGCCCUGAGCAGCAUUCUUCCCGAGGGAUGGGAGGAAGAUGCGGCCCAGCCUGAAGAACCGGUUCAUGAGUCAUACGAGGUAGUCUUUGCACCAAUGGUCUUUGUUCGGAAGGGCCCAAGCACCGCUACCGAGCUUCUUGGCGCCCGGAAGAUGGGAGAGACUGUGCACUGCACAGGGCGUGGCUUUGAUGGUUGGGUAGAGCUUCAAUCAGGUGGCUGGAUGCUGGUGGACGGAGCCCGAGGGGGCAAGCAGAAUGCUGCAGCAGGGCUGCUUCUGAAGCCUGUUGGGCGCGUCCUUGCGGGGCAGAGCGGUGAAAAAGGUCUCUCAGACGACAGAAAAUACAGACAUUAA